AUGCCGCUCGCCAUCGCCGUCAAAGUGUCGCCGACUUACGGCUCGGACGCGCGUCUCGACGCGACAACGCGCGUCCUGCUCCACUGUGAUGGCCACUAUCAGCUGCUCGAGCGUUCUCUCUGCGAUUUCCUGCACUUGGAACGUCAAUUACGCGCUGAAAUCAAUGCAGCAGCGGCGUCGCCUCUCUCGACAUCGAUCGCGCACUCGAUCAACGCGCUCUGCAACGCGAAUCAGAGCAUGUUCUCCAUUAAUCAGCGGUCGAUUCGCCUGUCAGUUGCAAUUGAGACGUUUCUCGAUCACGUGGUGCGGCGUUCCGCGUUGCUAGCGACGUCCCGAGCGCUGAAACUGUUCGUAGGGGGCAACGAAUGGACGAGUGACGAGACGAGCGCCCGGCGUUACCACGACGCAGCGGAAACUGCUAUUCGAGCGACAGGAAGAGAAGAGCUCGUGCACCUGCGAGUGGCGGCUGGUUGCUGUGUCGAGCACCACGAGGCGGUGGAGUGUGCUGAAGCCGAGACAAAGCGCGUGGUGCUCUGGAAAUUCGCGUCGGAAGGUGCAGGCGUGAUGUUUCGUGCCGAGUUCUCGCGUACAGUCGCGACAGAGAGCCCAGCGAUGGACCCUUAUAGCAUCGGCAGCAACGAUGUGGUCGAGCCUGAACUCGACGAGCGAGACGUUGCGUACUACAGGACGCAGUGCACGUUUGAAGCAGACGACCCGAGUUUUGUGUACGGACACUUUGUGGCCGAAACGACAGGGGUGUUGACGCUGCAUUGGGAGAACGUGGACAAGAGCUCGGUCCUGUCCAAGUCGUUGCGGUUUGGCGUGGCCGUGGUGCCGCUGUGUGCUGCGCACGACGUGUUGGAAGCGGCUGACGCUUGUAACACCGUCGACAGCGCUGAGUGGUUGCUCAGCUACAUACGCGCGUCGAACGUCACGUGUAUUGAGGACCUUACCGAGUGGAACGAUGACGAAUGUGAAGACAGCGCAUUUGGCGAAGACAGCGCACAUGACAGCAGCGUGAAGAGUGGAGACGCCAACUUGAAGUCGCGGCUCGAGUCUGCGGUGCUAGAAGAACGCAAUCACAAGCUCGAGGCGCAAGUGACUCGUCUCGAAAAGCGUCUGGCCGCGACCAAGGACAAGCUCAAGAGCGCUGUCGAUCGCGCGCAAAUCGCAGAGGAGAUCUACAAGGCCAAUCUGGAAACCAUCGCGCAGCUCGAACGAGCAGCGAUCAGUGGAAGCGAGCCGAAGUCACAGAAGGGUGCAGCGCUAUCGCCUGCGAUGCCUUUCGACAAACCACGAGACAAUGUUGGCAUGCCAAUGGAGCAAGCCGUCUCCAGCGAGCUCGAGCGCAUGCAAAACCUCUGCGCUGGUUUCCAGGAGCAGUGUCUCUGGCGGUCGGUGGAAAACAUGGAGCUCGAGGCGCACCUCGCAGCGUCACAGGUCGAAGCGUCGUCGUGGCAAACGCGACACGGGGCGCAAGCAGUGCAGAUCAAGGAGCUCGAGCAGCAGGUUGCGACGCUGCGGACGCACAAGAAGAUGCUGGUGCACGAGGUGAAGCGGCUGCAGCCGUUCUCGCACGUGAACGUGGCUGCGUUGGUGCAAGAGGCACAAGAAGCUCGAAUGGUGCAGCGCAGUCUGCAAGCCACGUUGGCUAAGCACGAGCGAGUGAGUACGACAAGUGUGGCCAAAGUGCUGCCGUCUACUGGUGAGGCCGCAGAGAUGGACGAUCAAGCGGCAGAGUGA